ACACAAUUCAUAGUGAAAAAAAAAAUGUCUCAAAUAUAUGCAUCUGCUGCUCCCAUUUCUACAAAGAAAACAAAUGUAGAUGAUAUUCGUCAAUCUGUAACGUAUCAUCCCAGCGUUUGGAAAGAUCAUUUUCUUGCAUACACUAACGAUGUUACGGAAAUCAGUGGUGAUGAGAAGGAGCAACUCGAAAAGAAAAAGGAAAAGGUGAAGAAGUUGGUAGCUGAGACUCCAAAUGAUUCAACAGUGAAGAUGGAGCUGAUCGAUGCAAUCCAACGGCUAGGAGUUGGCUAUCAUUUUGAAAAAGAAAUUGAGGAAUCCUUGCGACAAAUUCGCCAAAAUUAUGAAAUACAAAGUCGCAAAGACAAGGGCGAUAUUCGUGUUCUUGCUCUUCGUUUUCGUCUGCUUAGACAACAAGGUUACUGCGCCCCAUGCGAUGUGUUCGAUGAAUUCAUAGACGAAGAGGGAAAUUGGAAGGAGUCGUUGUUGAUAAACGACGUUGAAGGGAUGCUAAGCUUAUACGAGGCUUCGAAUUAUGGAAUAAAUGGAGAGGAAAUUCUUGACAAAGCCUUGGAAUUUACUUCUUCUCAUCUUGAAUCUUUACUCCCUCAUGAAAUCAACUCUUCUAUGUCGAAGCGAGUGAAAGAAGCUCUGGAUAUGCCAAUUAACAAGACUUUGAUCAGAUUGGGUGCCAAGAAAUUCAUGUCGAUAUACCAAGAAGAUGAGUCACAUAAUGAAAUAUUAUUGAAUUUUGCGAAAUUGGACUUCAGCAUAUUACAGAAGAUGCAUCAAAGAGAGUUACACCAUAUCACAAGGUGGUGGAAGGAUUUAGAUUUUGCUAAAAAACUACCUUUUGCAAGAGAUAGAGUGGUGGAGUGCUACUUUUGGAUUUUGGGGGUUUAUUUUGAGCCACAAUACGAGACUGCAAGAAGAUUACUAACCAAAGUGAUAUCUAUGACUUCCAUCCUUGACGAUAUUUAUGAUGUUAAAGGAACUUUAGAUGAACUCCGACGUUUCACCCAUGCUAUUCGUAGAUUGGAUAUUAGCGCCGCGGAUGAAUUUGAAUUGCCACCAUACAUGAGAUCAGCUUACGAAGCUCUUUUAGGUGUUUAUGCGGAAAUGGAAGAUGAAAUGUUAAAACAAGGUGAAUCAUAUCGCGUUCAAUACGCGAAGAACGAGAUGAUAAAAUUGACAGAGGUAUAUAUGGAAGAAGCAGAAUGGUGUUAUAGCAAGUAUAUCCCAACGAUGGAUGAGUAUAUGAAGGUGUCGGCCUUAUCCGGCGGCCACGUGGUGCUGUCGACAACUUCUUUAGUUGGGAUGAGAGAGGCUCUUACACAACAAGAUUUCGAAUGGAUUACAAACACUCCACCAAUAUUAUGGGCCUCAAUGGUGCUAUCAAGAUUAAUGGACGACAUUGUAGGCCAUGGGAUCGAACAGAAAAUCUCAGCUGUCAAUUGCUACAUGAAGGAAAAUGGGUGCUCAGAGAUGGAGGCUUGCAGUGAACUUUCGAAGCGAGUGAAGAAUCUAUGGAAGGAUAUGAACGAAGAGUGGGUUGAGCCAAGAGAAGCAUCUGUCUUCAUCCUUGCUCGAAUUCUCAAUCUCACACGUGUCUUGUGCAUAAUCUACACUGGUGAUGAUGGAUACACCAAUUCCACUACUAGGGUUAAAGAUUUCAUCAAAGCUGUGCUUAUUGAGCCUAUACAAUGAGAUUGAGACCUAUAAUUGGAGAAACUUAUCAAAUUGGAAAAAUCUUAAUAUGAUGUACUUUUGAAUUCAAAAA